UUCUUAGGUUCCGUCGGCAGGGCCCGGGGUGUGAGUUUGGCAGGUGUUGCCUGGAGUUCUCGCAGCUCUGUUUUAAGCUGCGUGCUUUCUUGACUGCUGCUUGCUGCUUCUUCUUAGAGGCAGAUCAGGAGUUUCUUUCCGUGCAAGCGCGCCGAUUCCGGUGUUCUAGGCGUGCUUACUACGACACCAGCCGGCCGCCAGCUAAACGGAUCUCACUUCCGCUGCACCUCCUCCCGCCGCCCUUGUCGAGACGUCUCAAAACUUGCUGCUUCCUCAUCCCUCCGUGCCCCUCAGGCGGCCUCAGGCGCCUGCCUACUACGACACCAGAGCCGGCCUCCACCUAAACGGAUUUCACUUCCGCUGCACCUCCUCCCGCCGCCCUUGCUUGAUCCAUCCUCUCUUUUUUUCACGAAUCCGGGACGUCGGAUCAAUUCUCGCCCGCAACACCACCAACGAUCCAGAUUCUACCGAAUUUGCAGCACCCAACGCCAGCACUGACUCUUCGCUUUCCCUUCCGCUGCAACUUCCGCUUUCCCUGUCACUCUCCCACUGUCUCUCCGCUAGUCGCCUGCAUUCCCGCACAUUCCCCCCAACGCGCGCAAACACCUUCCGCCGAUGUUCCGCUUCCUGUCGUCCGCCUCCGCGCGGCGAUUCAGGCGAGCCGAGAGUGCCGCUGCUCGGGCUAGCGACUCUCUCUUGCGCCCUUUCCGGGAUGCGACGGUCUGCCAGCAGACCAGACUAGCCUCCUCAACGCCAGCUGCAUCCUCUGUUGGAGCAGCAGGAGCUUCAGGGGCUUCAGGAGCUGCUUCAGGUGCUGCGUCAGGUGUUUCGUCAGGAGUUUCGUCUGGAGCGUCUAAGAUCGCAGCCAAGGCGGGCGUUGAGAUCCCGUCAUUCGCGGAGUCCAUUCAAAGGAGGUUCGGAUCAGUGGACGGCCGGGAUUUCGUCCUGCUGACCGCCGGGCUCGCGCUUGCUGGCCUCAUUGGGGAGCGCAUUCUCUCGGACCGCCACACUUCCGCAUCUGCUUCAGCAGCAAGAUCCCACCACCCACCAGCACCACCAUCCCCAUCGCCAUCACAAGCCACAACAACACCUGAGGCCGACACAGCCACUGCACCUGCAACUCCCCAGCCUGAGGCUGCCGAAGCUGACGCAUCGCCAGGCUCGGCAGACGCAGGCUCGGAGGAGGUCCUGUAGCUGUGGUAGUGGAAAUAGAGGAGGUUGAGAGACCCCCUCUUGCUGACGCUGUGGACGCUGCUGCUGAGUAUGUGGCCGAACUAGAGGCUAAGGCAGAGGAGAAAGCACAGGAGGUGCUUGAGAGACCCCCCCUUGCUGACGCUUUGGACGCUGCUGCUGGGUAUGUGGCCGAGCUAGAAGCAAAGGCAGAGGAGAAGGCGCAGGAGGUGCUUGAGAGACUUCCUCUUGCUGACGCUGUUGAUGCUGUUGCUGGUUAUGUGGCCGAACUAGAGGCAAAGGCAGCGGAGAAGGCACACGAGGUGCUCGAGAGACCCCCUCUAGCCGAUGCUGUGGAUGUCCUCUCCGCAUACGUUGCAGAGCUAGAGGCGAAAGGAGCGGAGGUAACGAGAGAAAUGGAGGAAAAGGCGGAAGAGGUGGUGAGAGCAGUCGAGAAGGAGGUGGCAAGAGCAGGGGAGAGGGUUGCAGAAGCUGGGAAGGAGGUGGGCGAAGCAGUGAGUGCACUGGGCGAGUCACUGGCUGAAGAUGUGAAGGC